AUGACAAGGAAUUUUCUAUUACAGCUAUGGAGUGGUGAUGGAGAUCAAGGCGAGAAAGACGUGGUCGACAACAUGGAGGUACCUCUAGGCCGAUUAGGAACACCAAGCGAUUGUGCGGGAACUGUUGCGUUUCUGGUUUCUGACGACGCUCGAUAUAUCACCGGAGAGACUGUACUCAUCGCCGGUGGAGUGCAAGCAAGAUUGUAA